AUGCUUUCGCACGCCGAUCUGCUGGACGCUCGCCUCGGGAUGAAAGAUGCCGCCGCGGCCGAGCUGCUCGGACACAGGGAGGCGCUGAAGUGUAGGCUCGCCGGAGGAGCUGACCCCGCCGGACACCCCGGAGAGCUGGCGCCGGGCUCGGACGCGGUGGAAGGCGCCACGCUGCUCCCGGGAGACGACAUCGGCGUGGUAGGCUCGAACGCCGCGGGAGUGCCGGUGAACGGGAAGGAGCAGGACAAGCAGCAGCAGCAGCAUCAGCAGCACCAACAGCAACAGCAGCAGCAGCAGAACCCCAGCCAGCAGAACCCCCAGAAACAGAAACGCCACCGCACGCGCUUCACCCCGGCGCAGCUCAACGAGCUCGAGCGCAGCUUCGCCAAGACGCACUACCCGGACAUCUUCAUGCGCGAGGAGCUCGCGCUGCGCAUCGGCCUCACGGAGUCCCGCGUGCAGGUGUGGUUCCAGAACCGUCGCGCGAAGUGGAAGAAGCGCAAGAAGACGACGAACGUGUUCCGCGCGCCCGGCACGCUGCUGCCCACGCACCACGGCCUGCCCCAGUUUCCCGGAGCCGCCAUGGGCGACGGCCUGUGCUCCUUCCACGCCAACGACACGCGCUGGGCGGCGGCGGGCAUGCCGAGCGUGUCCCAGCUGCAGCUGCCCCCCGCGCUCGGGCGUCAGCAGGCCAUGGCGCAGUCGCUGUCCCCGUGCAGCCUGGGCGCGGGCCCGCCGCCCAACUCCAUGGGCCUGUCCAACAUGUCGUCCAACGGCUCGAGCCUGCAGUCGCACCUGUACCAGCCCGCCUUCCCCGGCAUGGUGCCCGCCUCGCUCUCCGGACCGACCAGCGCGGCGGCCGCGGCAGCGGUGGCGGCCAGCGGCUCCCCGCAGCUCUGCAGCUCGCCGGACAGUGACAUGUGGAGGGGCACGAGCAUCGCGUCGCUGCGCCGCAAAGCACUCGAGCACACGGUGUCCAUGAGCUUCACCUAA